UUAUACGCUAUCUGCUUCACACUUCACUUAACUCUCAAAAACCCAACCAACCAACCAACUUCACUGAAUAAAAUCCUAAUUUCCUUUGUUUUUCUCUUCUUUAAGAUGACUCGGUUCUCCAUUUAAUCACGGCAUGACAUCAACUGUUCGUUAAAAUGCCUCUGAGAGUUCGAGUCCUAGUCUCGGGAAGAUGCACGUUGUUAACAUCACUUUCUGGCCCAGGAAUAAAGUCAUUCAUUUCCUGUACAUUGAUAAUUUUAAUAAUGAAGACUUUUAGAUAUUCAUAUGCACUCACCAAAUAGUCCUGAUGAAGUUUCAUAGUAUAUUAUGCUAACCCAGUUGACAAAUGACUCUCCUUGUCAAGUCAUUGACGGUGUGUGAGUCCAUUCAACACCUUCACUCCCCACUUUCAGUCUCUCUUCUUCGCGGCUUGUGCCAUUCCCUCACAUGUAAAUUCAAGCUCCAGUCUUCAUUGAGGGUCUUCUCUUCUUGCAACCAUCACAAGUCUUUUACUGGCUACGUGAUCAAGUUAAAUUCAGCUGGUUUUAGUUGUGCUGCAACUUCCCAUGUGGAUGAUGAAAUCCCUCUUAACGGAAGUGAAGGUUCCAACUCAAUGGGAGUUGAUUUCCUGCGGUUGAUGGAAGAACGUGGUAUUCGUGCUAAUUCUCAAACUUAUCUAUGGCUUUUAGAGGGGUGUCUAAAUUCUGGGUCUUUGGUAGAUGCUAGGAAGCUUCAUUGCAGAAUUUUAAAGUUGGGUUUUAAUGAGGAACUUGUCAUGUGUGAUAGGCUUAUGGAAACUUAUAUUUCUUGUGCCAAUUUGGAAGGGGCAGUGAAAGUUCUUGAUGAAAUGUCUAUUAGAAGCUUAUCUUCCUGGAAUAAGAUAAUUCAAGCUUUACUGGCAAAGAAAUUGACUUCUCAAGUAUUGGUUAUGUAUCAUAAAAUGGUAAUGAAUAAUGUUGAUCCCAAUGAAGCCACGUUUGCUGGGAUUUUAAAGGCCUGUGGCUUUGGUGAUGUUGGUUUCCAUUAUGUUGAACAAAUUCAUGCGAGAAUUAUUUGUCAUGGAUUUGAUACUGCUCCAUUGGUAUGCAAUCUCUUGAUCGAUUUAUAUUCCAAAAGGGGAUAUGUAGAUUCUGCUAGAAAGGUCUUUGAUAAAUUGCUUUUGAGGGAUAGUGUUUCUUGGGUUGCAAUUAUUUCAGGUUUAUCUCAGAAUGGACGUGAAGAAGAAGCUGUUAUGCUUUUCUGCGAAAUGCACACAUCAGGAAUCUCUCCUACCCCAUAUGUUUUUUCGAGUGUUCUAAGUGCCUGUACCAAAGUAGAGUUGUUUGACAUGGGAGAGCAAAUUCAUGGUCUUGUUUUCAAGGGAGGAUUUUCUUCGGAAAGAUAUGUGUGCAAUGCUCUUGUAACACUAUAUGCCCGCUUGGGAAACUUGAUAUCUUCAGAAAAAGUCUUUAGCGCAAUGCAGAACAGAGAUGGAGUUUCAUAUAACUCCCUUAUCUCGGGUCUAGCUCAGUCUGGUUUUGGUGAUAGAGCUUUAAAACUGUAUGAGAAAAUGCAACAUGACCGUUUAAAACCAGAUUGUGUCACAGUGGCAAGCCUUUUAAGUGCCUGUGCUUCUGUUGGAGCACUCGAUAAAGGAAAACAACUCCAUUCAUAUGCUAUAAAAGCAGGAAUGUCUUCAGAUAUUAUCAUUGAAGGUUCUCUGUUAGAUCUAUAUGUUAAAUGUUCUGAUUUGCAAACUGCUUAUGAUUUUUUCAUUACAACAGAGACAGAAAAUGUGGUACUAUGGAAUGUGAUGCUAGUUGCCUAUGGACAGUUAGAUGAUCUAAGUCAAUCAUUUGAAAUUUAUAGGCAGAUGCUGAUAGAAGGUAUUAUUCCCAAUGAAUUCACUUAUCCAAGUAUUCUGAGAACUUGUACUGCUGUUGGGCAACUUGAUCUAGGAGAGCAAAUUCAUACUCAAGUAAUAAAAACUGGAUUUCAGCUCAAUGUCUAUGCUUGUAGCGUACUUAUUGACAUGUAUGCUAAAAUUGGAAAGCUAGAUACUGCCCUGGAUAUUCUAAGAAGACUUAAGGAGGAGGAUGUUGUCUCAUGGACUGCUAUGAUUGCAGGGUAUACACAGCAUGAUAUGUUUGCUGAAGCUCUUAAAUUGUUUGUAGAAAUGGAAAAUCGAGGGAUCAAACCUGACAACAUAGGUUUUGCGAGUGCAAUCACUGCAAGCGCUGGUAUUAAGUCACUGGCUCAGGGAAAACAAAUCCAUGCUCAGUCUUGUAUUUCUGGCUAUUCAAACGAUAUUUCAAUCCAAAACGCGCUUGUAAGUCUUUAUGCAAGAUGUGGUGGCAUAGAGGAAGCUUACUUGGCAUUUGAGAAAAAUGAUAGUAAAGAUAAUGUAUCCUGGAAUGCAUUAAUCUCAGGCUUUGCACAGAGCGGCUACUGUGAGGAAGCACUGCAGGUAUUUUCUGAAAUGAAUAGAGCUGGAGUUAAGGCUAACUUGUUCACAUUUGGUUCUACAGUGAGUGCGGCAGCUAAUUUGGCAAAUAUAAAACAAGGAACCCAAUUUCACGCAAUGAUCAUUAAAACAGGAUACAGUUCAGAAACCGAGGUUUCUAAUGUUCUAAUUACGUUACAUGCAAAGUGUGGAAGAAUUGAUGAUGCUCAGAGAGAAUUUUCUGAAAUGCAAGAAAAGAAUGAAGUUUCAUGGAAUGCGAUGAUUACUGGCUAUUCUCAACAUGGACUUGGUAUUGAAGCACUAAAUCUUUUUGAGCAGAUGAAACAACUUGGUCUGACUCCAAACCAUGUCACCUUUGUUGGGGUUUUGUCAGCUUGUAGUCAUGUAGGUUUGGUCAAUGAGGGACUUGGCUACUUUGAUUCCAUGAGCAGAGAGUAUGGUUUAAUUCCUAAUGCUGAGCAUUAUGUGUGUGUUGUGGAUCUUUUUAGUCGAGCUGGUCGUUUGAGUGAAGCAAAAGAAUUCAUAGAGAGGAUGCCUAUAAAACCAGAUGCAAUAGUGUGGAGGACCCUAUUAAGUUCUUGUACAGUUCACAAAAAUGCAGAAAUUGGAGAGUAUGCUGCCCAUCAUCUUCUAGAGUUGGAACCCGAGGAUUCAGCUACUUAUGUUCUCCUAUCAAAUCUAUAUGCAAUGGCAAAGAAAUGGGAUUUUAGGGAUCAGACAAGGAAAUUGAUGAGAGAAAAGGGUGUGAAGAAAGAGCCUGGCCGUAGUUGGAUUGAGAUUAACAACUCAUUUCAUGCAUUCUUUGUCGGUGACCGACUCCAUCCACUUGCAGAUAAGAUAUAUGACUUCUUAGCACAUUUGAAUGAGCGUGCUGCUGAAUUUGGUUAUGUACAGGACUGCUAUUACCUUUUAAAUGAGGUAGAACAAGAGCAGAGGGACCCAACAACAUAUAUUCAUAGUGAGAAACUGGCAAUAUCUUUUGGACUCCUUAGCUCUACUAAUAACCGUCCUAUACACGUGAUUAAGAAUCUCCGUGUUUGUAAUGAUUGCCAUAACUGGAUUAAGUAUGUAUCGAGAUUCUCAAAUCGAGCUAUCAUAGUAAGGGAUGCAUAUCGUUUUCACCAUUUUGAAGGUGGUUUCUGUUCAUGUAGAGAUUACUGGUAAGUUGAUUUCAGAAAUAGGAGAAUAGAAAUAUGGGGGCUUAGAGAUGUACUCUAAUUGGAUGCUCUCUGCUCAAUUUUUAUUAAAGAAAAGACUUGUAAGUACUCAAACUGCUUUACUAUUAUUGUAUUUUGCUAUUCAUACACAUAUAUAACACCUAUCUAAUUUCUAUCAGUAAUUAUAUUCAAGAAGUGUUUUCCCCUCAAAUUUUUAUGCAUUUCAUUUGUACUUUGAAUCAAAAGGUGUCAAUUACCACUCUGCAUGUUUUUCUCAGUUUCGGUUAGCUAGUUUCAUAAAUAAUUCUGCAUGUCCUCCAUUAACACUAGCCUUUGGAAGGUUGUAAUAAUUCAGCUCAUUGUGUAAUCUUCAAGUUCAGCACACCAUAUCAACACUAAAAAUUGGUGCUACCAAAUUGAAGGAAUGUCAAGGCUGGUCUUUGAAAGUGACUUGGAAAUCACAUGGACCUGUGCCUCUUUCUAAGGUGGGAAAAGCUAAAUCCAAUAUUUUUUCUUUCUCCUUAAUGUCAUGUAAAGUUUCUCUAUCCGAUCUCCUUCUGUGUUCAGUUGCAAAUUUUAACCUAUUCAGCUAUCAGGAUAUCUGUAGUGAAGACUUCUCCUGUAUUUAUUAGAGGUAUUUCGGUUUGUAAUGGCGAAAGCUUCUCUAUCUGAUCUCUCCUUAAUGACAUGUAACGUUUCUCUAUCUGAUCUCCUUCUGUGUUCAGUUGCAAAUUUUAACCUAUUCAGCUAUCAGGAUAUCUGUAGUGAAGACUUCUCCUGUAUUUAUUAGAGUUAUUUCGAUUUGUAAUGGCGAAAGCUUCUCUAUCUGAUCUCUCCUUAAUGACAUGAACGUUUCUCCAUCUGAUCUCCUUCUGUGUUCAGUUGCAAAUUUUACCCUAUUCAGCUAUCAAGAUAUCUGUAGUGAAGACUUCUCCUGUAUUUAUUUGAGGUAUUUCGGUUUGUAAUGGCGAAAGCUUCUCCAAGACACCCCUGCUUUAUUUCAUGAGUAAUUAUACAAGACAAGCUUGCUUCAGGUA